ACCAUCCGCUAGAUUUCAAACUUGGCAACACUGUUCAUGACGCUAAAAAAGGUUACAUUAUUUUGUUACGAGCUCAUUCUUUCAUGGGAUCUUUGGCUAGCAAAAGCAGCAAAAUGACUGUUUCCAAAAUGGCGAAUGCUCAAGAAAUCAGGGAAUUUAUCAAGCAAGCUAUUACUGAGGAAAAAGUUGUCAUAUUUUCGAAAACCUACUGCCCUUAUUGUAAACUGGCUAAGGACGUGUAUGAGCUGGAUGAGCGUGAAGAUGAAAGUGAUUUCCAGGACAACCUGGCUAUACUGAAUGGUUUCAGAUCUGUACCUCAAGUGUACAUCAAUGGCAAGUGCAUAGGAGGCGGCACUGACGUCAAGAACUUGUAUGAGACUGGCAAGCUGGAGCCCAUGCUCAUUGGUUAAAUUACAUCACAAAUAUUCAGGAA